AUGGACCAGGUCAACGAUUCAAAUUUCCCGUUUCUGAGGCUACCAUCGGAAGUUCGCAAUAAGAUAUAUCGCUAUCUACUUUCCACGAAGCAUACGAAACGUGUCUCGGCCUUGGGUUAUGAAGAAUGUGUACCUACCUUCGUCAAGUUGUGCCCUAGCCACCGCUACGAAUUCCACACCACCAUCCUUUUGGGGAAUCAUCAACUCUACGGCGAGGCCGCUUCGAUUCUCUACGGCGAGAACUUGUUCAUCUGCUUGGCUACCAACCUAAAGGCAAUCCAGCGCCUAUGUUACAACGUCGGUCUAAAGCCCGUAUCAUAUGGCACGAGAGCAGCAAAGUGGAAGCACAUCGCUAUGUCGAUUGUAUUCAGCCAGGACGGAGACGAUAGCAAGAAGACCCUCCGCUGCGUCUUCGCCUGCGAUGAUCUACACCUCCUUUGCCGCGGCUUCUUGGGUUUCGGCAUGAAUGAUGGUAACGGCCUUGUCUUUCUGCAGGACUUGAGAUUUACAGUCACCAUACAUGGCUCCUCCGAAGCGCAAAUCCAUGCUUUGCGCUACGGCACACCAUCAGCUUCAUCGAAAUUGUGUCGGCUCCUUGAGCCUUUUACCAAACUCCAUAGCAUAGGGCGUUUCACUAUCAUCGGCCUGUUCAACGGAGAAUACCGGGCUUACAUUGCUGGGCGAGUUACAGGCUCAGCCCCGAACCUGGAAUCGGCCAUUGAGGGAAUUGUUGCUCUCAAGGACGAAGGCAAUGUUGCUUUCUGCAAAAACCAAGACGCUCUUGCAAUCGCCAAAUACGAAGCAGCCUUGAUAUCUCUACUGACCAGUUUCUGGGACCACGCCACCAUCCAAACGGGAGAGUUCGCCAAUCUGAUAAGAUCCAAUGCUGCAUGCAUCCUGUACUUCCAACUCCAAUCCAACCUCGCCGCCACACUACUGAGAACGGGAAGGUUCGUCGACUGCCAUUACUGGGCAGGCCAUGCGUUCGCACAAACGGCGACAGAGAAAGCAAUGGUUCAUCGGAAGCCCGCGGAGUACUCCGAGCUGGCUAUUCUUCAGGCAUUGGCCAGCAAGGGUAUGGGCGAGAUCGAGCGAGCAGCAAAGGAAAUGCGCACGGCCUUGAUUUUCGAGCCUGAAAAUGCUACGGCGAGGAAGGAGUUGGUCGAUUUGGAAGCGGAGGUGGAGGUGAAGAAGAAUCAGGAUCUUGCGUUCGCUAUGGGAGGGUAA